GAGAGUAGAGCCUAGAGCUGUUUGGGAUAUGAACAAUUCAAGCAGCAACGUGAAGCAUUGAGAAGUGGUUUUUGAGCGCCAUAUGAUGGUUCUGGGAAGUCGUUCUGCUCUUCGCAUUCUUCCCAAUUCGCACUUCAACAAAUUCAGUUCCUUCUUCUGCUCCCAAUCACUCAAACUCUCUGAAUCCGCCUCAGAAAACCAGCGUCGCCUUCAAAAGGUUCAAAAACUCGAAACUUUACUCAACCGCGGUCGCACAAUCACCGCAAGAAGGUUCCUCAAAUCCCUUUUUCUCUCCAAAACCACAUUCUCCUCUCUCUCCGAACUCCAUGCCCACGUCUUCAAACCCCUCUUUUCGGACACCCUCUUAUGGCUCUGCUCCGUUUCCAAAAUGCUCAACGAAGCCACCGACUUGUACUUUUCCAUCCGAAAAGACGGAUUUCUCCCCUCCACGCGUUCCGUCAAUCGUUUGCUCCGAGCCCUGGUGGCUUCCGGACAUUUCGAGAAAACCCUUUCUGUCUUCGCCGACGUUGUGGAUUCUGGUAUUCGGCUCGAUGUUGUUACUUACGGAAAAGCUGUUCAGGCCGCGGUGAUGUUGAAGGACCUCGAUAAGGGUUUUGAGUUAGUGAGUUCCAUGGAAAAGGAAGGACUGGGUCCUUAUGUUUUUGCUUAUAACUUGCUCUUGGGUGGGUUGUGUAAAGUGAGAAGGAUCAAGGAUGCUCGGAAACUGUUCGAUGAAAUGGUUCAGAGAAAUAUGGUUCCGAAUACUAUUACUUAUAACACGCUCAUUGAUGCGUACUGUAAGGUGGGUGAUUUAGAGGAAGCUUUUGGCUUCAAGGAGAGGAUGAAGCAACUGAAUGUGGAGUGUAGUCUUGUCACGUAUAAUUGCUUGUUAAAUGGCCUUUGUGCCUCCGGGAGGAUGGAAGAUGCGAGGGAGAUGUUGUUAGAGAUGGAGGGCUGUGGCUUUUUGCCUUGUGGGUUUUUGAGUGUUGUGUUUGAUGGUCAUUCGAAUGGCGCAGGUGAUCGUGGUUUAUUUGAUGGAAAAGAAAUAAGGAUAGAUGAACGAACUUAUUGUAUUUUGCUGAAUGGACUUUGCAGGGUUGGAAGGAUUGAAAAGGCUGAAGAGGUUCUGAACAAACUAGUGCAUAAUGGAGUUACUCCAAGUAACAUUUCAUAUAACAUACUUGUGAACGCAUAUUGUCAAGAGGGUGACGUGAAGAAAGCUAUGCUGACAAUUGAACAAAUGGAGGAGCGAAGGAUGCAGCCUACCCGCAUCACUUUUAAUACCCUCAUUAGCAAGUUCUGCGAAACUGGAGAGGUGGACCAGGCAGAGACAUGGGUUAAGAGGAUGAUAGAGAAGGAUGUUUCCCCCACUGUGGAGACUUAUAACUCAAUGAUUCAUGGUUAUGGUCAGAGGGGCAAUUUUGUCAGGUCUUUCGAGAUUCUCGAGGAAAUGGAGAAGGCUGGGAUAAAGCCUAAUGCCAUCAGCUAUGGUUCUCUAAUAAAUUGUCUUUGCAAAGAUCGUAAGCUUCUUGAUGCUGAGAUUAUGCUUGCAGAUAUGAUAGGUUGUGGGGUUUCUCCGAAUGCAGAGAUAUAUAAUAUGCUCAUUGAAGCUAGUUUCUCACUAAGUAAAUUGAAAGAUGCUUUCAGAUUUUUUAAUGAAUUGAUGCAAGGUGGAAUAGAUGCAACUCUUGUGACAUACAAUACGAUGAUAAAUGGACUCGGAAGAAAUGGAAGGGUGAAGGAAGCUGAGGAUUUGUUUCAUGAAAUGGCAGACAAGGGUUUUAAUCCAGAUGCAGUGACAUACAAUUCCCUGAUCUCAGGAUAUGCCAAUUCAUUAAACACCCAGAAAUGUAUUGAAUUGUAUGAUAGGAUGAAGAUGGUAGGCAUAAAGCCUACAAUUGGGACUUUUCAUCCGUUGAUCUGUGCAUGCAGGAGGGUAGGCAUGGCGGAAGUGGAGAGAAGGUUUCAGGAAAUGUUACAAAUGGAUUUGAUUCCCGAUCGAUUUGUGUAUAAUGAAAUGAUUCACGGUUAUGCUGAAGAUGGAAAUGUUCUGAAGGCAGUGUCUUUGCACCAACAGAUGCUUGAUCAGGGAAUUGAUUCGGACAAGGUGACUUACAAUUGCUUGAUUCUAGCAUAUCUUAGAGACGGAAGGGUUUCAGAAAUAAAGCAUAUUGUUGAUGAUAUGAAGGCUAAAGGGCUGGUUCCAAAGACUGAUACAUAUAGCAUUCUGGUUAAGGGACAUUGUGACUUGAAAGAUUUCAAUGGUGCAUACUUUUGGUAUAGAGAAACGAUUGACGUGGGUUUGCUUUUAAAUGCUCGCAUUUGUUCCUUGCUAAUUUCCGGACUAAGGGAGGAGGGAAUGCUGCCGGAGGCCCAAAUUGUAUCCUCAGAAUUGAGUAAUAGAGGACUGAAUAACUAGAAGACUGAAUAGGAAAAUCCUUGCGCCGUUGUUCAAUGCAUUAUGAUUGGAAAAGGACAGGUGCCUAAUAUCAGAGAGUAUGUGAUAUAUGUAUGCUCUACAUUAUAAAACUCAUUUUUGCUGUUAUUACAUCCAAAGGGGGGUUGUUAAACCCCCCCUGGCGACGAGACGAAGUUAGAUACCAGAGAAAGAGAAGUUAAAUACAAGCUCAAAUGGGACAUGUUUGAGGGAGGUUUUCAUCAAUAUCUACUUGAAAGAAAUAUCGUGGGUCUUUAUCACUCGGUUAAGGAUCCUGCAGCUCCUAGUUGAUGUCAUUGUUGGUUGUGGGGCUGAAAUUCCACCAGUAUUUGCCACAAAGAAACAAACGGGAAUAUGUUUGUGGCUCAAAAAACCGAGGCAUGGUGUCGCUCUCUUUCCCGAGUAUGACAGACCAGAGAUGCCAGAAGUUUCAGCAUGAGAGAAUAAUUCCAGGCUUGUGUUUCACAUACCCUAGCACCCUACUUUUGCGUAGUGAAACUGCGUUCAACAUUUUCUGUAGUGGUUAUUUAACAUUUUAAGGAUGAUAUCUGCAGAACAAAUUUAUCACGAGGUUGGUAGUCCUGCUGAUUCUAUUACCGCAAAGGUUUACUUUUAAAGGCCUAUGAUUAGUGGAGGUUGGGUUGUCUUGUAAACAUUAUUACCGGUAGGUUGGGUUGUCUUGUGAUUUAAGUCAAUUUUAUGUAUAUGCAACUAUGAAAAUAAUCUCAUGUAACAUGAUUUUUGAGAA